GGGGGCGGCGCGGGGGCGGCGCGGCCCUCUGUGUGCACUGGGCUGAAGUGACUGUGUAGUUUGUGACGCUGACUGGACACUGGGCACCCUGGUCCGUCCUCUGUCCUCCUGCUUCAGGGCCGCACAGAUGCAGCGGCCCAGAAUGGCUCCGAGUUAGAUUUAUGAACCUCACAGUGAAGGCCCCUAACAAAAAGACGCAGAACAACAGCUCUCAGAACCACAGCUUAGCCAGAGCUCCCUCCCAAGGCAGCUUUUGAGAACUCAGAGACGUAUUCCAGCCCUGGUCUUUGUACUCUGGCCAUUCUCACCCAGAAGGGUCAGCUUCUCCCCAGGCUCCCUCUUACUUCCAUCGGGUUAUGUGUGUGGUGGAUGGCGGGAGCAAAUGUGGUAGCGGGGGUGUGUCCUUAAUCUGGACAGGCUGAGCUCCGAAAAAGGCGCAAUGUGUCCAGAUUCCCGUCUCCGUCCCCCAACCUGCUGAUCUUUAGGAAUGGAGUCAGAAAGGAGAAAAUAAUUAUGUAUAUACAAUUAUAUAUGUGUGUGUGUGUAUAUAUAUGUAUAUAAUUAUAUAUAUGUUUAUGUUUCCUCUUUGUUCCAUGAAAUGUAAUUUUUAUUUUUUUCUAGACGUGGGGACGUUUGCUUCUCCUGUGAAAGAGUGAAAAAUCAGAUCUGGCUUAUCUGGACUCUAGUUCUCCAACAGAGAAAUCUUGAAAAGGACUGACCGGUUCUUGCAGUUGGAAACAAUGGCCCAUAUCCUGCUUGUUCACCUUAUUCCUGAGUGCAACCCCUGUGUGGCCCUGCAUGAUGUGUGGUGUCUUCCUCUCCCGGGCUGGUUCAGUGACAUUCAGAGAUGUGGCCAUAGACUUCUCACAGGAAGAAUGGGAAUUCCUGGACUCAGCUCAGAGGGACUUAUAUAGGGAUGUCAUGUGGGAGAAUUAUAGCAACUUCAUCUCACUAGCAGGACCUUCCAUUUCUAAACCAGAUGUGACUACCUUAUUGGAUGAAGGGAAGGAGCCCUGGAUGGUUGUAAGGGAAGGGACAAGAAGACAUCACCCUGAUUUGGAGUCCAGAUACAGGACCAAUACUUUAUCUCCAGAAAAGGACAUUUAUGAAAUAUAUUCAUUCCAGUGGGAGAUAAUGGAAAGAAUUAAAAGCUAUGGCCUUCAAGACUCCUUUUUUAGAAAUGAUUGGGAAUGCAAAAGCAAGAUUGAGGGGCAAAAGGAACCACAGGAGGGAUAUUUUGGGCAAGUGAAAAUUGCUCCUGAAAAAAUGUCCACUUACAAAAGGCAUAAUCUUCUUGCUGAGUAUCAGAGAAUUCAUAAUGGAGAAAAGUUAUAUGAAUGUAAGGAAUGUAGGAAGACCUUUAUUCGUCGCUCAACACUUAGUCAACACCUGAGAAUUCAUACUGGUGAAAAACCUUACAAAUGUAAAGAAUGUGGGCAGGCCUUUAGACAGCGUGCACACCUUAUUAGACAUCACAAACUUCAUACUGGUGAGAAACCCUAUGAAUGUAAGGAAUGUGGGAAGGCCUUUACAGUCCUCCAAGAACUUACUCAACAUCAGAGACUUCAUACUGGUGAAAAGCCCUAUGAAUGUAAGGAAUGUGGGAAGGCCUUUAGAGUACAUCAGCAGCUUGCUCGACAUCAGAGAAUUCACACUGGUGAGAAGCCCUAUGAAUGUAAGGCAUGUGGGAAGACUUUUAGGCAGUGUACACAUCUUACUCGACAUCAGAGACUUCAUACUUCUGAGAAGCUCUAUGAAUGUAAGGAAUGUGGGAAGGCCUUCGUAUGUGGUCCAGACCUUAGAAUACAUCAGAAAAUUCAUUUUGGGGAGAAGCCCUAUGAAUGUAAGGAAUGUGGAAAGGCUUUUAGAAUAUGCCAACAGCUUACUGUCCAUCAGAGUAUUCAUACUGGUGAGAAACCCUAUGAAUGUAAAGAGUGUGGGAAGACUUUUAGAUUAAGGCAACAACUUGUUCGCCAUCAGAGAAUUCAUACUCGUGAGAAACCCUAUGAAUGUAUGGAAUGUUGGAAGACCUUUAGUAGUUACUCACAACUUAUUUCCCAUCAGAGCAUUCAUAUUGGUGAGAGACCUUAUGAAUGUGAAGAAUGUGGGAAGGCCUUUAGACUACUCUCACAACUUACUCAACAUCAGAGUAUUCAUACUGGUGAGAAACCUUAUGAAUGUAAGGAAUGUAGAAAGCCUUUUAGAUUGCUCUCACAACUUACUCAACAUCAGAGUAUUCAUACUGGAGAGAAACCUUAUGAAUGUAAGGAAUGUGGUAAAGCUUUUAGACUUUAUUCUUUUCUUACUCAACACCAGAGAAUUCAUACUGGUGAGAAACCCUACAAAUGUAAGGAAUGUAAGAAGGCCUUUAGACAACAUUCACACCUUACUCAGCAUCAGAAAAUUCAUAAUGGAAUUUAAUACAAGAAGGCUUUCAAAUGUACAUGUUACAGAACAUCAGAAAAUUCAUUUUUGAGAAAAUUUGUUUCAUGCUCAUAACUAAGCAUUAAGAAGUUUAUAUUUCAGAAAAAAUUGUUGCUUUAAAACCUUCCACCACCAUUCAGACAUUGUAUAUCUUCAGCAAAUUUAUAUGAGGAAAUAAUAUAAUGAAUGCAGGAAAAUCUUUAGCCUUAUCUAUCAUUAUCACCAUUUCACCCCUUUAUUACCAGUGUGUUAUUAGAUAAGGUACUUAAAUUUCUGUGCCUCAUUUUGCUCACUUGUAAAAUGGUGAUAGUAGUACCUAUGUAUAUUAGUUAUUUAUUGCUGUGUAAUAAAUUACCACAAACUUAGUAGCUUAAAAUAAUACACAUUAUCUCAGUUUCUGUGGGUCAGGAGUCUAGGCAUAACUUAGUUGGGUUCUCUGCUUCAGGGCCUCUCACAAGGCUAAAAUCAAGAUUUCAACCGUGGCUGAGUCUCAUUGGAAGGCUCAACUGGGGAAGGGAUGCACUUCCAACCUCAUGUGGUUGUUGACUGAAUUAAUUCACUGAGGGCUGUUGCGCUGAGGUCCUCAGUUUCUAGCUGGCUGUUGGCUAAAUGCUGACUUCAAUUCCUUGCUACAUGGGCCUCUUCAAGGUGGCUGCUUACUUCAUCAGAGUGUGCAAGCCAAGGAAGCAAGAGGCUGCUAGCAUCAAAGAAGCUAUCAUCUUGUGUAAUCUAAUCAUUGAAAUGACAUUAUUUCAUCACCUUUUCUAUCUUCUUUUGGUUAGAAGCAAGGAACUAGGCCACCCUACACUCAAGGGAACAGGCUUACACAAGAGUAUGAAUGCCAGGAGGAAGGGACCACUGGGGCCAAUUCAGAGUCAGCCUGCUACAUCAUGUAAUAGAAUUGUUGUGAGGAGUGAGUAGUUAAUACUUGGAAAAAUAGCAGCCACAUAGCAUGUUUUCUGUAAAUAUUACCUAUAGUUGUUAUUAACAUCAUUAGUAUUAGUGAAUUCAUAUGAGAGGAAUAUCCUAUAGAAGUAAUAAAUGUAGAAAUGCCUCCUGUCACUGCUCAGCACUUACUAAACUUAAGAUAAUUUAUUCUGGAUAAAAUCUAGGAGGUUAUACUGAAUGUGAGAAGUUCUUUAUCACUUGAGCUGCAUCCGAAAUUUCAUGCUGAAAAGAAACCUUAUGAAUUUUAUGAAUAUGAGGUUGUUAAGAGUAUAACUAUUGGAAGAAUCAAAGAGAAAUACGAAAUUAUUUUCCCAUAAUAAAUUCCAAAGAGUAAAUGUUUUAUAAUCUCUCAUCUCUGACCACCAUUCAAUUAAUUAGAAAUUAUCAAAAAGGUGGCAUAAAGGAACUAACCACUUGGAAAUUUAAUUGUGUGUUUGUGUGUGUGUGUGUGUGUGUGUAUGAUACUCUUGUAUAAAAGAAAGAAAACAUUCCAUUACAGUCAAUAUACUUUUUGAUGCUCAAAUUGCCCCAUCUUCAGCCAGUGGGAGUUGGGUCUUUUCACAUGAUCCCAAUAGCAGUUUGAUAAUUUGCUCAGUUAUGGCUGCUAUGGGAAAUGCUUGGGUACCAACUCAUUAUUCUGAAAACCAAUAAAUAAAUGGAAAAAUAAGUAUUUAUUUUGCUUUUCCCAUGUGAAUCAAGUUUCAGAGUCACCCAAAACUCAUCAAAUUAAUUUUUUUUUAAUUUAAGAAAUCUCACCAGUAAAUACAGAAAAAUUGAUAGGAUUAGAAAAAUUUUCUAGUUCCUAAUGGAAUAAUGGGUCCAGAAAAUGAUCUUCAGUGGAUAUUAAAACUAUUUGGGAAAAAGUUUAUAGUGAGAACGUUACAUUGGAUUUAUCAAGCUGACCACCUCUGAGCCCUUUAUUCAAUUUUAACGUCUAUAAAGGUGGGACUAUUAGACAAUAGGCACCUCCUGAUACAAUGCAAUUAGGAAGUACAUACCACUACCCAUGAAGUCUUAUUGCCAGAAUAAUGAACUGAAGGAAUCAAACCUUUAAAUCAAAAAUUUUAAAGCCAAGAAUUUGGGGAAUAGAUGAAAAAGUAAAUGGCACCGCAAGGAAGCAGCCAAGCAGAUCCAGAAUGUGUAAAAUUCUACAAAACAAAUGACCUGAUUUCUUCAACUAAUGAGUGGCAUGAAAAAGAAAAGAAGGGCACUGUUAACAGAUUAAAAAAGACGAGGCAUAUCAACUAAAUUCAAUAUGUGGGUAUUAUUUGGACCCAGAUUGAACAAGAUGUAAAACAACAUUUUGGAGACUGGGGGAAAUGUGGACAUGCACUGAGUAUUAAAUGAUUUUUAGAAAUAUUAGAUUUGUUUGUUAGGGAUGAUAAUGUCAAUGUGGUUAUUAAAAGAUAGAACAUCCUAUGUGUUAGAGAUACAUAUAUAUGAAAUAAGAUACCCAGAUUUGCAUUAAAAUAACUCCAGCAAAAGAAAAAGAAAGCAAAUUGGCAAAGAGCUAGAAAGUAGAUUAGCAAAAUGUUGAUAAUUACUGAAGUAGAGUAGCUGUUUAUGGAGGGUUCAUUGUUUUAACAUUUUUACCUUUUUAUGUAUUUGAAGUAAUAUUUAAAAUCAAAGCUGAAAUUAUACACUACUUAAGAAAUGAUUGUUAAUGAGAUGCCUGCAUAUCUAAAUUUGUCAGAUGUAACCAAAGUUCUAUUCAGUGAGAAAUGUGUGCCCCUGAAUGCAUUAAGGAAACUUCGUUUGUGGGCCCAGUCUUCAUCUUCUUCACUUACCUGCAGCAAUCAGUGCUGGGCCUGUCAUGUAGAUAAAUGUAUUAAAGGAAUGAAUAAGCAUUUAUGUCAAGAAACAAGAAACAGAACAAAGUCAAACCAACACAAGAGAAGCAAAGUACAAUUGAAAGUAGAAAUUAAGAGAUUAGACACUAGUAGACUUCCAAUGUUAAUGACUGUAUCUUGGCAGGUCUAAUCAAGGAAAAGAAAAUGAAAUAUAAACAUUCAGCAUUAUGAUAAAAGUGAUUACAGAUUAUCAAUAAAUUUUCCUUUUAAUUAUAAGGUAACACUGUAUGUACUAUAUGUAUUCCAAUAUAUGUAAAAAUACAGAUGGAUUACAUUUUCUUCUCUAUAAGUAUGUUAUCACAAUUGACUGUGCUCUAGAACCCACAGACCAACAAAUAAAUGUGUGUGUGUACGAAGUUCCUGUUUAAGGAAAAAAUCUGAUAGUUGUGUAGGUAAAAACCUUAAGAAUAGAUAAUCCUUAACAAGAUUUUACUAAUUAAUUUUACACAGGUGAAAUAAUCUGAUACAAAACUAGAUGAAGAUAAAGAGCAAAAUCUAGACCAACUUCACUUAUGAAAAUUCUAUUCUUCAUAAUUCUAAAUAGUUAUAUUUAGAAUUUCUUACAAAAUCAGUCUUCACUAAUAGGCCAGUGUUUUGCCUUUCCCAAGUACAAAGUAGCUCCAGAAGACCAGUGUUUAACCAACAUUCUCCACAAGUUUGCUUCAGAGAAUACUAGUCCUUGAUGAUAUUUUAAAAAAUAUAUCUGGGGAAAAACUGUAAAUGAAACAAAGGAUAAAGUAUCUACUUCUGGGGGAAAUCCGAGUACACAUUAUCAGCUUGUCGAAAGAUGUAUUAAAGAAAUUUUCAUUUAACAUAGUGUAUCUCAAAUUUACUUCAUUGUGCACUUCUCACUCCAAAUACCUUUUAACACCUUUAGAAUGUGAACCACUUUGGUAGAUGUUACCAUAACCACAAUGAAUGUCUUCAAGGAUGUCAUUUCAGACAUGGUGAGUGAUUGUGUUGGGAAGGGGUGAGGAAGGACACUUUUCUUUUGCAGCUCACAUUAUACUCUGAAAGCAGCUUCCUGCUUGAAUGGAAGGCUAGUGAUUUUCUAUAGAAUGGAAAAGAUUCCAGCCUGGUGCUUGAUAAUGUAUGUAUUAAACAUGCUUAAAUAUUCUAUUAAACAGUGAUUAGGACAAAAUGAUUUUUCAUUGUAAUAAAAAUGCUAUAUUGAA